AUGGAAGAAAGCUCCAGUUCUCCUGUUUCCCCUGUGGAUAGCUUGGGGACCAGUGAAGAGGAGCUGGAAAGGCAGCCAAAGAGAUUUGGCAGGAAGAGAAGAUACAGUAAGAAGUCCAGCGAAGAUGGCAGCCCCAACCCAGGGAAGAGGGGGAAAAAGUCUAGUCCCAGCUCCCAAUCCUAUGAAGAACUGCAGAGCCAGAGGAUCCUGGCCAAUGUCAGAGAGAGGCAGAGGACUCAGUCGCUCAAUGAAGCUUUUGCCGCCCUGAGGAAAAUCAUCCCCACGUUGCCCUCUGACAAACUCAGUAAAAUCCAGACCCUCAAGCUCGCGGCGCGGUAUAUAGACUUCCUCUACCAGGUGCUACAGAGCGACGAGAUGGACAGUAAGAUGACGAGCUGCAGUUACGUGGCUCACGAGAGGCUGAGUUAUGCCUUCUCAGUGUGGAGGAUGGAGGGAGCGUGGUCCAUGUCGGCCUCACACUAGCCACCGCCCAGCCAAGGCGAGCACGGCUGCCGAAGGGACUGUCCAGUGUCUGAGACUGAAGUGGAAUUGGGAUGUAUCCAAGUUUGUAGCUUCUGAAACCUUAACAACCUCAAGUAAACUGGUCCAAAAGACCCCUCUUGACCUCCCUCGCUCUGAACUCUUGCAGAGCACUUAGACUGAGCAGAAACCAGCACCAAAGCUAACAGUCUGAAACUUUGCAACAUCUCUCCCCAAGUGACUGACCAAAGAGAAAAGAGAAGCAACAUUCCUGAUUGUUCAUUGUUGUUGGGUUUUAUGUCUGUGUGUCUGUCUGUGCGUUUGGUUUUAUUUCUUUUUUU